GGGGGGGAGAGAGUCUCGUGACCGGGAGUCGCGCGGACAGCGAGCGAGGAGCAGCGCGCGGUCCCUCCGGAGAGAAGCUGCCUGUUUUCUGCUCGUGUUCGGGUGUUUUCUGGAGUGGCGCGCGCGCCCGCCAUGCCUGGCGGAAUCGUCACGAGCAGGCCGCUCCAGAACGAGAGCACAGGCAUCGACCUGCAGGUGCCGCUGUACCGGGAGAUUCGCGGCUCCAUGAUGACGGGUCACGUCGAGUACCAGAUCGUCGUGGUGACGCGACUCGCCGCCUUCAAGUCGCCCAAGCACAGGCCGGGAGACAUCGUCCAGCUCUUGGUGUCCAAAAAGUACAGUGAGAUGGACGAGUUUUACUGCAAGCUGGCGGCGCGGUAUCCCACAAUCCCCCUGCCGGCCAUGCCGCGCAAGGCGCUCUUUGUGGGCGAGUCGGACAUCCGGGAGCGCCGGGCGGCUUUCGACGAGCUCCUCAAGUUCAUCUCCAAGAACCCGACGCUGGCCUCCUGCCCGGAGCUGCUGGAGUUCCUGGGAGCUAAGGCAACAGAUGCUGUCGACUUCAAAACCAGGAAGGUCCCCGACUGGGAGGGGGAGGACGAGGAGGAAGGUCUGGACUUCUUCCGGAAGGAUGAGCCUCCUGCGGCAAAAGCGGCUGCGGCGCCCAAACCCGCGCCCCCCCACGACGAGGACGAAGAGGAGGAGGAGAUUCUGGAUCCUCUGGGCAUCAUGCGGUCCAAGAAGCCGAAGCAGAAGCGAACCCCAGAGCCGGAGAAACCGGCGGCGAAGCCGACGGCCCCCAAGUUCACACUUUUCGAUGAGGAGGUGGAUCCAGACGAGGAGCUCUUCGAACCUGCAGCCUGGUCCAGCGCAGACAAACACGGCCCCCUGAAACUGUUUGAGGACCCGGACCUGGGCGGCGCCGUGAAGUCGGGCGACGCCCUGCUGCUGCCAACGGCCUACCGGGGGGGCGGAGUCGAGCUUUCUGUGGAGCGCGAGGACGACGUGGACGAGCUGUUGAGGGUGGACGAAGACUUGGACAAGGUGCUCACGGUCAGUAAGGUGAUGAAACCAGAACCGGUGGCGCCGGCCGUCAAGCCUAAAGUGGCUCCCAAACCGGCGCUGCCCAAGAAGCCCGUGUCCUCGUCCCAGAGCGGCGCCGCCCCUCCCCCGAAGACCAAGGCCGAGACCAUGGACCAGAUGGACAUCCUGCGAUACAUCCAGCAGAACGAGUCGAGCGCCGCCGGGGACGCGGACCUCUUCUAACCCUCCCGGAACGAACGUCUCGCGCGCGCGUCUCGGUCCAGUCGCUCAUAGUCCGUCCUCCGCCCUCGACCGCCGCGACCGCCGCCCCGUUCUCGACCGCGACGUGUCCUCGGAAAGUACCUCCGUUCAGAUCUGUUCUCGGAUCAGCGCCGCGCCGGUCGCAGGCGCUCUCGCGCCCGGGCCGAGCUCCGGGGCGCGUCGCGAGGAGCAAAGGGGACGUGGCGGCGGAGCGGCGGUCGGUGAGCGCCGCGUGGAAGGAAAAUAGACUUUUUUUUCAGUUUUAAUUCACGCGGCAUGAGAAAGGAGGCGAACGGCGACGGGUCGAAUCAAGUGACUGAUAGCUCGCUUUUUACUCACAGCGGCCACACACACACACGCACACACCUGUGCGAGCGCUCUUGAUGCCACCAAGCAUUAAUUUUUCAAACAAGGACACGUCCUGUAUGGGAGAACGACUCUUGAUGUGCUUUUAUGUCGGUCCGUGGCGAGCGCCCGGUGGGGGUUGGGCUUGUGACCCUCGCGGGCAUCGUCUCCUUCCGCAGCCGCACUUGUCCUCGCCGGACCGACACGGCUCGGGAGGAGGAGCGUUUCCUUCCUCCCGACACCCGUCUCCCGUCGAACCCGAGUCGCGUCUCCUCUCGCCGAUGCCGCGAACAAGGUCGAGCGUCUGCGGAAAAUGUCACGUUUAAUUGUGUCCCCCGCAGAGAACCACGCAACCGCUAAACGCUCCCGGUGACGCGAGUCCGGAGUGGAUCGAAAGCGGACGAGAGGAAGUGCGUCCGACCAGACUGCGCUGUGAUUAGCGCGAGACCAGUUGUACCUUAAUCUUCUUUUACUUGUUUUCACCGUUUUAGUCCCUCCUUUCACUAUGGAUUGUAUCUCGUACACUUUUGUUGUUCACAUUGUGCCUCAGCCUCUGUUCCCUGUGCCUGCGACGGCAGCAGGGGGCGUAUUAGUUAAAGAAGCGCGUUAGUCAUUAAAAGAAACUGCGGCGGGGGGGAGGGUCUCUGCUGUUGUACCUUAAAGCAGUGUAUUUUACUGCAGUCUCUUCAGUAAAAAUGCUCACAAA